GGGCACAUAAACAUAGACAUUACACUCCAUAAAAAUCUGAAUGCCUGUUAAGGAGACCAAAUACGUCGCCAUGUCGGUUAACUAUUACAUGGAUUCAUUGAUAAACCAUGAGAGCGAAGAUCUUCUCUCCAGCAGCGCGCAUUUUGCAGAAAUGGGACCAUCGCCAUUUUUAACAGCGGAGUGUCCGCAAGUUUCUUCGUGCAGUUUUGCAUCCAGAAAUGCGGUGUUCACGUCGUCCUGGGAUCCGGUGUACUCACAAAACCCGGUAUUUCAUGCCAAACAUCCUUAUGUGGGCACGGAUACGAGGUUUUUACGACCGUGGAUCGAACCUGCAUCCUUACCAGCCGGCAGCAGCAGAAAUUAUGAACUGAAAUCUGAUGAAUUCUUAGAAAUCAGACCUAAAGAAAACUCGGAUUAUUAUUAUAAACCAUCGACUCAUCCAAAGACUCCGCAGAUCAGCUCUUCAUCAGAAUCAGAAGCCCCGAUUUCCAGCAAAAUUAAAGAGGACCAGCCGGAGUUGGACCCCAAUAAUCCCGUGAUCAACUGGAUACACGCGAAAUCCACCAGAAAGAAACGCUGUCCGUACACCAAAUAUCAAACUUUAGAGCUGGAAAAGGAGUUUUUAUUCAACAUGUACCUCACCAGGGACCGUCGGUACGAAGUGGCCCGAGAUCUGAAUCUAACGGAGCGGCAGGUCAAAAUCUGGUUUCAGAACCGGCGCAUGAAAAUGAAGAAAAUGAACAAAGAUAUGAACGAAGGAACCAAAUAACAACACGAGGAAUCAACUGGAUCCGAUCAUACUGACUCUAAACUAGAAAACUCUUCAUUUUCUAACAAGCUGAGUUUAUUAAAACUCAGUAAAAUAAACGUUGUACAAAACAAUAGUAUUUUUUAACAUUUGUGUUUAGUAGUUUACGUCUGCGAAAU